CCUCAGGAAGUGGUUUACCUAAGUAUCGUCUCCGGAAACCUAUACUUUAUACAUUACUGUCAGUUCUACCUGUGAAUAGCUAGUCAUAAAUAGUGAGCUUCGGCAUGAGUCAACCAUCCAUAUGAGAGUUAAAUAUCCAAAUUUCAUCAUGAAUCCAAGAGUCAUCUUAAAGGAUACCUUGUACAAGAAAUCACAGCAAAAAAGAAGAACUUCACCAAGCAAUUACAAAGAGAGGUUCUUUGUGUUAAACACACAGGAUCUGACAUAUUUCGAGAAUCGCCCUGGGAAAAAGCCAACUCAAAAAGGUUGGAUUGAGCUGUCUCAUAUCAAAUGUGUGGAGAAUGUACGCAGUGACGUUCCAAUACCCUGUGAAUACAAGUACCCAUUCCAGAUCGCCCAUGACAGCUAUUACCUGUAUGUGUUUGCUCCAGAUAAUGACUGCAGGUUAAAAUGGGUCAAAGCUCUGAAAGAAGCGACACAACAUAACAGCUUAUUUUUUAAAUACCAUCCUGACUUCUGGGGAGAGGGGAAAUGGAGAUGUUGUCUUCAAACAGAUAAGCAGGCGACGGGAUGCAGUGAAUACUAUCCCAAUGGAGCCAAACCUCUGCCGCCAACUCCAGAUCCAUCGAGGCGAUAUUCAGAUUCAGAAGAAAGGAUUGUGGUGGCUCAAAGGAAUUUCAACCCUAAAGAAGACACAGACCUUGCGCUGCACAAAGAUGAAGAGUAUGUUGUCAUUGACAGCUCUGAACCAAACUGGUGGACUGUACGAGACAAAAAUGGAAACAUUGGGACAGUACCUUGCAUAUAUAUUACAGAAAAAGUCUCUAACAAUGUUGAGAAAUUUGAAUGGUACAAUAAGGACAUAACUCGGACUGAGGCUGAGGAAUUACUAACGAAAGAGAACAAGGAUGGAGGUUUCGUUGUUCGUGACUCCAAACAUGCAGGAGGAUACACAGUGUCGAUAUUUGCCAGAAUAACUGGGUUAGAUGGAGAGAAAUAUCCCAAGGUAAAGCAUUACCAGGUCAGGGUGAAUAAAGAGGAUGAACCUCCCAAGUAUUACUUAGCUGAGAAAUAUCUGUUUUCAAGUAUUCCCGAGCUCAUUCGCUAUCACCAACAUAACGCAGCAGGUUUGAUAAGCAGAUUGAGGCACUGUGUCUCCGGAAAUGUUCAAAACUCUUCAAGGAUAUCAGAGAUGAAAUCAGGCAAGUGGGAGAUUCAUCCAGAUGAACUGAUUUUAAGUGAGGAGGUGGGUAGCGGGCAGUUUGGCUCUGUUUGGAGGGGCUUCUGGCAUGAACGACAGGUUGCUGUUAAGACCGUCCGCAAAGGUUUCAUGUCCGAGGAAGAAUUUAAAGAGGAGGCACAUAUUAUGAUGAAAUUGUCACAUCCUAAGCUGGUACAGUUGUUUGGAGUGGUCACUCAGCGCUCACCUCUGUAUCUGGUAUUUGAAUUCAUGGAGAACGGCUGCCUGACAGACUUCUUGCGGGGCAAGAAAGGUUGUUUUUCGCAGGACGACAUGCUGACAAUGUGUAUGGACGUAAGUGAUGGGAUGGUCUACCUGGAGAGCUCCAACUUUAUUCACAGAGACUUGGCGGCAAGAAACUGCCUCGUUUCUACAGACAGUGUAGUGAAGAUAUCAGAUUUUGGAAUGACCAGGUUUGUCUUAGAUGAUCAAUACACCUGCUCUCACGGGAGCAAAUUUCCAGUCAGAUGGUCCUCUCCAGAGGUGAUUCGAUUCGGAAAGUACAGCAGCAAAUCAGAUGUGUGGUCAUUUGGUGUUUUUAUGUGGGAGGUUUACAGUGAGGGACGUACACCUUAUGACAAUCGUAGCAAUGCAGAGGUGGUGGAGGACCUAAAUCAAGGAAAACGGCUCCCGAAACCUCGUCUCUGCCCACAGAAUGUCCAUGAAUUAAUGGAAUGGAGCUGGAAAGAGAAACCUGAGGAUCGACCCUCCUUCGCUCUGCUUCUGCACCAGCUGGCCUGCCUUGAAGGGGAAGCUAGAUUCACAUCGUCGUCUUGACUUAUUAAGAGAAUAUUGUAUAGUGUACAAAUAUCAUAUUGUAUUUAUUUGUAUAUCUUAUUUAUUUAUUUUCAGGUUCUAUUGUUUUAAAUUUUCUGUGUUCAUACUCUGCAAACACAAAUGUAUGAUUGAAGGCAAUUUUCUCAUUUGAAAAGAAGGCAAAAUCCCUUAUUAUUUUAUCCUUUUUUAUUUUUUGAAUAUGUCCAUCCUGAGCUCUUUUAGAAAUUGUAUAUUGGUUUAAUUAAAAUAAUGUAUUUGUUAAAAAAGCAUUCCUUUGUUUUAGGUUACAAGAACCUAACAGCAUUAGAUUAUAACAUCAAAAUGAGAUUUAUAGUUAAAUCAUUCUGAAAUGGCCCUUUAACAACAAUUGCAUAUGUUAACUUUUUACAGUGUAGCAUUGCUGAUUUUAUACAUCUGGCCCUUAGGAGGCACACGUGAGUCAUGUUUGUGAUAAAUGUUAAACGUCACUUAGUUUGUAGCCCUAACAACUGUAUGUAUUUAACACAUUUAUGUCUAUCAGUAUUUUUCUUUUUGCACAAGGCUUUUGUGCUUUUUAUUACCACAAUUACCAAUAAACCCUCAACUUUACAUUCA